AUGGCGGAUAGUUCCGGUUACAAGGAGUACGUGGCAGGCUUGCUCGCCGGCGUUGCCACUGUUGCCAUUGGCCAUCCCUUUGACACCAUCAAGGUGAAGAUGCAAAAACACAACACUGUAGCACAUGGGAUUACGUACAGGAAUAGUUUUCAUUGUACUGCGAGGAUACUAAAGACUGAAGGGAUUAAAGGACUUUACAGAGGUGCAACAUCAUCUUUUGUGGGGAUGGCUUUCGAGAGUUCACUUCUUUUUGGCAUGUAUUCGCAAAUCAAACAGUCACUGCAGGGAAGCGCACAAGGUGCAGGGCCUCAGCUCCAAGUCAUAAUUCCAUCUGCGGCUUAUAGUGGAGCAAUCAUCAGUUUUAUAUUAUGCCCGUCGGAGCUGGUGAAGUGUAGGAUGCAAGUUCAAGGCACAGACUCUUUGGUCCCAAUGUCCAGAAGAUACGAUAGUUCUCUUGAUUGUGCCCUUAAAACUGUAAAAAAUGAUGGGGUUAGAGGAAUUUUUCGAGGAGGUUUUACAACAUUGUUAAGAGAAUCUAUUGGAAAUGCAGUCUUCUUUAGCAUUUAUGAGCAUGUCCGUUAUCACAUGCAUUUACAUCUGAAAUCUGCUUCACCUGACCACAGAAACUUGAUUGAUGUGGGAGUUGGGAUUGCUAGUGGUGGCCUUGGUGGUAUAGCGUUUUGGUCUGCUGUUCUACCCUUGGAUGUGGCAAAAACCAUAAUUCAGACUGCUCCAGAUAAUAAUUCUUCAAGAAACCCAUUUCAAGUCUUGAGCUCGAUUUACAGAAGGGCUGGAUUGAAAGGAUGCUAUGUUGGCUUGGGUCCUACUAUCGUUCGGGCUUUUCCUGCUAAUGCAACGGCAAUUGUCGCCUGGGAGGUAGCCGUAAAGCUAUUAGGCAUCAAACGUGACUAA